AGGAGUUUGAAGAAAUAUUGGACUUUUCUUGGGAGAGUAUCAACUGUGAUCUGUUUUUCCUGAACACAAUGGCUGAAGAAGUAAUAUAUGCGGAUAUCAAGGCUGUUAGAACUGUAGGACAUCCACGUCUUCUUCAGAGAUCUGUUUCUUCCAAUUCUUCUACUGCUCAGAAACUGUGCCCCUCCAUGGACUGGAAGCUUCAUGGAGGAAAAUGUUACUGGGUCGCUGAAAAUAAGAAAUCGUGGAAUGAAAGUAUAAAAGACUGUGCCAUGAAAAAUUCACACCUUAUAGUGAUUGAAGACUCCAUUGAUAUGGAGGACUGGAAGGAAAUACCUCAUGAAGUCAUGAAGAACUUCAGAUAUUUCCUCUUUACCAUCAAAGCGAAGAAUGUUGAGAUGCAGAAAGACAUGUUCCCUGUGGUAAUCAACAAAUCAGUCUUGGAGAUCAGUGAACUAGACAACAUAUCUCAAUGA